UCCAUCUGAGCUAGUGUUGAAGUGGAGCAUAGCUCUGCGAAAGAGAAGAUUCUGCUUUUGCAGUACAGCUCAAAACAGCUCAAUCUAAAAACAUUGCUUUCCAACUUCAGCUACAGUGAUAGCUAAGUUUGGAAGGAAGGAAAAUAUAUUCAAAUUUCUCAUAGAAAACGCAUUUAAAUUUUUGCACAGCACUAAAAAAGGAACAGGGCAUUGAAGGAAUUUCAGGCACAACAAGAGCAAGAAAAAUAUUAAAUAUGCCACUUAAAGCAGAAAACAAGAAACGUUGUUAUGAUUCUGCCGCCGACUAUUUCACAUCAGCAAAGUUCUUCAUUUACCUUGGGCACGCUUUGUCAACAUGGGGGGACAGAAUGUGGCACUUUGCAGUGGCAGUGUUCCUGGUUGAACUCUAUGGCAACAGUCUGCUCCUGACUGCUGUCUAUGGGCUUGUGGUCGCAGCGUCGGUUCUGCUGCUGGGAGCCAUCAUAGGAGACUGGGUGGACAAGAGCGCCAGGCUGAAAGUCGCUCGGACAUCACUGAUUGUCCAAAACUCAGCUGUCAUUUUGUGUGGCAUCCUCCUUAUGGUGGUUUUCCUGUGUAAAGUCCAGCUUGUGUCUCUCUUCAAUGGAUGGCUGCUUACUGUCUGCUACAUCUUAGUCAUCUCCAUUGCAAACGUUGCAAACUUGGCCAGCACUGCGACAGCCAUCACCAUUCAAAGAGAUUGGAUUGUCGUGGUGGCAGGAGAAGACAGAAGCAGGCUGGCAGACAUGAAUGCCACAGUGAGAAGAAUCGAUCAGCUGACAAACAUUCUGGCGCCCCUGGCAGUGGGACAGAUCAUAACCUUCUCCUCCCCUAUGGCCGGCUGUGGGUUCAUCGUGGGCUGGAACCUGUGCUCCAUGUGCCUGGAGUACUUCCUCCUCUGGAAGGUUUAUCAGAUGACACCUGCACUCGCCAUCAAGACAGGCCAGAAGGAAGAUGAGCAAGCGCUAAAGCAGCUCAAUAUUCAGAAAGUGCUUGAAGCUGUUCAGAAACCAUCUGAAAGCUCUGAACUGGUGAGCGGAGUUGCUAUAGCAAGCUCUGUGGAGAAGAAGAAUGGAUGCUGCUACAAUAUCACACAGCCAUUCCGCACAUUACGAGAUGGAUGGGUGGCUUACUACAAUCAGCCCAUCUUCUUUGCUGGCAUGGGCCUUGCCUUUCUGUACAUGACUGUGUUGGGGUUCGACUGCAUCACCACAGGAUUUGCAUACAACCAGGGCCUAAAUGGAUCCAUUCUGAGCUUGUUGAUGGGAGCCUCCGCCAUCAGCGGAAUCCUGGGAACCAUGGCCUUCACCUGGAUUCGGAAGAGAUGUGGCCUGGUCCGCACAGGGUUCAUCGCUGGGAUGGCUCAGAUCUCCUGCUUGGCGUUGUGCGUGGUCUCUGUUUUCAUGCCUGGAAGUCCUUUGGAUCUGACUGUGUCCCCCUUUCAAGGUCUCACAAGCCACUUGAUGGGAGAUAGUUCCUUGCCUGAAGCUAACCCUACAACAGGGCAUUCCCUCAUUACUCAAACACACAGCUUUAUCAAUGGGUCCACAUCUGCUUACGAGAUUGAGGAGAUGAAGCCUCAAGUUGUAUCUUACCUGUCUGUGAGCUUCCUGUUUGCUGGGGUCAUUGCUGCUAGAGUUGGCCUUUGGUCCUUCGAUUUAACUGUGACCCAGCUAAUCCAAGAAAAUGUGAUCGAGUCUGAGAGAGGUGUCAUAAACGGUGUCCAGAACUCCAUGAAUUAUCUUCUCGACCUUCUGCACUAUAUCAUGGUGAUUCUUGCACCAAACCCAGAGGCAUUUGGCCUGCUGGUGAUCAUCUCAGUCUCCUUUGUCGUCAUGGGACACAUGAUGUAUUUCAAAUAUGCCUAUAAAACCUUAAGAAGCCGUCUCUUUCUGUGCUUCUCAUCUGACCCUAAAAAUGAGAUAGACUCAGGAGGUGAGGGGUUGUCAGACAAAGUAUAAGUUUUUAAAGAGACAGUAUCCCUGUUACAGCUUUAUCUAAAAUGUACAAAUAUCUGCAUUUGUUUACAGGGCUGAUAACAUAGCAUUGCAUGGCGAUUGCUUUUAGUGAUAGCAUAGACUAACGUAUAGUUUUAAAGCAAAAAAUAGCACAGCUGGAUUAUACUCGGAGUAAAAAGGUAAGGUAGGUAUGUACCAGAUGUGUCUUACUGUUUAUAGAAUACAGAGUAUUCAAAGAUGCAUUUGUACUGGGCAAGGGACUCUUGCUAGGUGGAAUUAGGAAGCAAUAAUACAACUACAAGGGUGAAAACAGAUAGUAUUGGACAUGUGCUUUAGUACAAGUGGAGUAGUUUAACAUAAGCAGCAAAAGGGGAGUUGGCUGAUAUGGGAACUCCAUGGAAUCAGUGUAGAGGCCAAGCCUUCUAUUUAAGGCCUGUCAAUCCUCAAGCAAGGACAGUUUCAAUCACGUUAUUGCAAAAGGCAUCAAAUGAGCUCCAUGAAUAAACCCAUGGUCACAACCCAAGAGGGUUCACUUAGGGUUCCAGAGCUGCAGAGUUGUGUCCUCUCCAAUGGGGGAGAGGUAGGCUUUCUACAAUCGGAAAAUAAAUCACAAAAUGUGUGAUUUUUAAAUGCUUUCUUAAUUUUGACCCUGCUUUUGACUUGAAAGAGCUUUUUACUAACUAGGUGUAUUUAAAACAAAUAGUCAGUAGAAUGUGGUUUAACACUUCAGUUUGCAAAUUGGAAAAACGGCAUAGUAUACAACAUUAUAGAAAUGUUUAGAGACAUGAUUUUUUUUUUUUUUUUUUAAAUAAAAGCUAAAAGGAAUACCCUGAUUUGGUUUUUAUGUAUAUCUUCCAGUAUAUAUGUUUUGCAUAAUGCUUACUUAAAGACUUGGGGUACAGUCUCUUUAAAUUACUUUUGUAAAUUACUAAAUGUACAGCUCUGUAGAUCCUAAACUAAUACCCAGUAUAAUAUUUGCUGUGUGGGCGCUAAUAUGUAAUUAACCUACUUGCUGUAUAGGCCUUCAGUAUUACACCAAAGUGGGAUUUUAGAGGUUUUUUAGGCAAAAAUUAAAGAAGUGAAGCAAAAUGAGGUAACGCAGCAGUCUUUGUACCGAUUUGUAAUCUUUGUUUUGUGCUGCGUUGUUAGGCAACAGACUGUAAAAAAGAUCAACAUCCAACCGAUGACAUAAAAGCAGUAAAGAACAAUGUGAAAAUGUAUGAAGACAGCAAUAUAACCUGCAAAAUUAUUUUCCUCGAUUCCAUUGCAGAUGCACUUUUUGGUUUAUUACAUUGUAAAUAUGUAGGCAUAAAGGCACUUUUAAAGGUGCAGUAUCUUUUUUUUUUUUUCUUUCUUUGUCCCUCAAAUGUUAGGCAUUACAAAUUUUGGAUUGCUUCCAAAACAUAUUUGCUGUGCCCAGUAAUUGUUCACGGUAAACCUGCUGCUCAUUCUACUGAAGUGUUUUGAAAGGACAUGGUUGUACAACAUUGUCCAUUUAUUCCCCAUUUGAGAGCAGUUUUCAUACAUAUUAAAUUGUACCAACAUGUAAUAGACCCAAGCUGUCUCUGAACAUUAAAAAAAAAAAAAAAAAAAAAGUUAACCAUCUUUUUUUUUUUUCUACAUGAUCUCAAAGAUAGGAUAUUCAUUCUUACAUAAACACAGAUCCUUGUGUUUAUUCUAUACCAAGUAAUGUAUGUCCAGGUUCUAUUAUAAAAACACUGAGAUUGGACUGAAAUCACGUCUCCUCCAUGUGGCUUUAACAGUAAAGCCCCUUUUUGUCUGAAAUGGUGGGGAGAUUUUUUCUCCAUCUCAGUUCAUGUGGUCUGAGUAAUGAGUUUAUGUUGGAUUAGUAACUACCUGGUUUCUGAAAAAUGUGCUGAGCCAGGGGUUUUUGAAAGAGGGUUUGAAAGAAAAAUAUUUGGCAGAGGUAGAUCAUUUCCAAGAGCAACGUCUUAAAAUAAGCUUUUUCCUCAGGAUGUGAAAUUGCAAAAAUGUCCAUGUUUUUUCUACCUGUCUAGAUGUUGGUUCAAUGCCAGAAAGACAUGCAGCUUCAUUUGAAACGUACCACCUAACAAAAUAGCUUUAAAAAUUACCCCUCAAAAAAGGUGGAUCAGCUCAUUUUUUUCAGGUGAGAUUGAUAGUGAAAUAAAAUUGCUAGUUUUGUAGCUCUGCAACAGAAAUGUGCAGUAAUAUUACAAAAGUAUUUAGUACACCUGUUUUUCUUUUUAACUCUCAAACAAGUUUCAGAUUUGUUUUAUAUUUUGUAUUGUUGCCUAAAUCUUUCUUUUUUUUUUUUUUUUUUUUUUUUAAAAGAUCCCUACAAAAGAGACAAUGUUUAUUUGAUGAAAACCAUACCGCAAUACUAAUGAAAUGCAUGGUAUACUUUUGUAAAUGAAUGUAAAAUGUAUGCAACAAAUAAACCAGCAACAGGUAACUUGCAACUACCGUUAGAAUAUAUAUAUAUUUUUUUUUUACUUGUAUGUUAAGAAAUCAUGUCUUAGUAUAGCAAAUAAAUGUCUAUGAAUUAGAUAUACUUUUUACUGUCUUUUUGAAAUGUGUACAAUGGGUUGUACACAAAUUAAACACUCCGUAGCUAUAUUAGAGGAGAAACCUGAACAUUCUGCUUUUGUUUUAUAAUGCAUGAAUUGUUUGCAAUAAAACAAAGAUAUA